GAUAGUUUAAAUAGCGGGCAGCUGUCACUGUCGGCGGGACACCUGUUCCACGAGUUUUCUUCUCAGACUGCUUGAUCGAAGCAAUGGGCAAUCUUUGUCUUGGGUCACCGACGCAGCGCCUCCAAAGGCUACUUUUUCAUCGACCAAUUCCAGACCUAACAGGAAAAGUAAUUAUUGUGACUGGUGCCAACACGGGUAUUGGGAAGGAGACCGCGAGAGUUCUACUUGCACAUGGCGCGAAAGUUUACAUCGCGGCUCGCAACCAAGCUGCUUCAGAGGAAGCUAUUCGUCAACUGAAGCAGGAGACUGGAAACGAAGCGAUAUUCUUGAAACUUGACCUUAGUGAUCUGAAGGCAUCAAGGCGUCUGCUGAAGAGUUCCUGAGCAAAGAGACUCAGCUCCAUAUCCUUCUAAAUAAUGCGUGAGAUA